AUGGCAGAAGGAAAACCAAGCACAGAAAUGGAGGAUCUAGACAACUCCAUUAAACUAGCUGAGGAUGAGAUAAAGAAAACUGGGGUGAUCUCCAGGAAGAGCUCAGUGAAUAGAUCCCCACCAGUCGCUCGCAGGCAAUCGAUCGCAUCGGAAUCACCCGAAAAAUACGAGGGCUUAGAAGCACCGUCCAAAAGAAAGAGAGCGACCCAAGCCAAUAUAGAAAGCUCAAAGAAAAGAGACCAAAAAGAGGUCGCUGCAGACCAGACCAGUAAAAGCCCAGAAGAGGAGGAGGAAGAAGAGAAAGAAGAAAAAAAAAGGAGACUGGAAGAGGACAAACGCCUGACAAAGAUAAUCGAAAAUUUGGCAAAAGCUGAAGAGGAAAAGAAACUAAAGGAAGAAAAACGCCGGAGAGAAGAGGCACAAAAUAAGGCCGCACAGGAAGAAAAACGCAGACAAGAAGAGGAAGAAAAAAGGAAAAAAGAGAACGAAAAUUCGAGUGGCGCGACAAGUUCGGUUCCGAGUGCGGGAGUGUUUACACCUCAGGUGAGUGACGAGCACGGCGGUCGAAACAGCGACCCCAAACAGACAAAAUCACAAGCACAAAACCUUAUACAGACAUCUACAGACACUAUAAAAGACCUGAAAAAACAAAUUAGAGAAGCGGUAAUACGGACAACGCCCGAAGGACGGGGUAAAAUAGCCUUCGCGACAAAAGAACAAAAAACGGUCCUUUCGGCCAUGGACGAAAUUACUAAUAUCUACACAGACAUACUGACUCUCCUUCUAGUACAAGAGACGGAGAUAAAUAAAUUACAAAAAGAAAACUUCGACUUAAAACAGAACGACAGAAACAAAGGAGACAAUAGCACCACAAACAUAGAAGACAAAUUAAAACAAGUACAAACAAAAAUAUUACAAGCUAUAAAGGACAAUCCACAACCAGGUACCAAGACAUUGACACAACAGAUUCACACCGCAACAAUUAACACCAGCGCUACUCCCCAUACCCCGACAACAAUAAACGAUACAGACUUCCCAGCACUCGGACAAAAGACAUACGCUCAGCUGGCAAAAAGACCGACAAACAUAGACAACAAGGACAAAAAACCCUGGACCACCCCUGAACCAUAUAAGAAAUUCGACACAGUCAUAAAAUUAAAGGAAGGUCAACAGGGAGACACUCUGACGGAGCUAAAAAAGAUAAUCAAAGCAAAAGACAUAGAGGGGACACAAAUAAGACACACACGAACAGCAAUAGUACUGACCUCGCAAUCAAAAGACAAACAAGACGAGAUUCUAAGACGCACCCAAACCUCCACAAAACUUGACAGUAAAGACGGGACCAGACACAAUGAACCGACAAUAAUACUAACAGGAAUACGAAAAGCACUGACGCACGACGAAAUCACAGACGGACUAAAACUUGAAAACGACGACCUAGACAAACUUUUUGGGGACCGACUAAAACUAUUAAACAUCGUAUCGACAAGACCGUGCAGGAACCCUUAUAAAGAAAACGUAUACUUACGAGGACCAACGGACAUAAUAAAACAUCUACUCAAAUCGGAAAAAAUAUACCUAGAUUUUCAAACUAUAUAUGUUAAUGAAGCAACACAGCUAGCACUCUGCUUUAGAUGCUGCAGAUAUGGGCACGUAGCCAAACAUUGUAAAGAGACAACGCCCUCGUGCUACAAAUGCGGUGACGGACACGACGGAAAUACAUGCGACAAGGACUUGGACAAAUAUAACUGCACAAAUUGCGAAAGACUACGACUGACACCACGACGACACCAAGCAAGAGACACAAACUGCCCGAUUUACAUAAGAAAACUGGUCGAAGCAAGGGCGCAAACUCAAUACAACUAA